ACAUCAUGAUGGCCCAGUUGUUCUGGGAAGAAUAAAGCAGCCCAAGGUCAUUGCUGAGGUUCUUGUAUAUGAGGGUUUACGCAAUACAUUUUCCCCGAGGACUCCCUACCGUAUCUCUCCCUCGUUGCCGACAUCGGUCUUUGUCGCUUCCUCUGCCUCGUCGGUCUUGAAAUCGAUGUCAGUAUCGUCAAGUGCAAUGCACGCCUCUCGGCUGUCGUUUCCCUGGCGGGAAUCGCUCUCCCCUUUGGCUGGGCUCGGCACUUUCAUCGCCUCUGUACCACCACUUCAUCGAUCCCUCGGUGCAAUUCACGCAUUUCAUGUUGUUUACCGGUGUGGCGUACUCUCCAUUACGGUCUUCCCUGUACUCUGUCGUAUCCUCACGGAGCUCAAAAUACUUGACACCACCGUUGAAAUUGUUAUGUUUGCCGGGGUCGGCAAUGACAUAGUUGGGUGGACGUUACUGACACUGAGUAUCGCCCUUGUCAACGCUGGCUCCGGACUUACAGCUAUGUUGACUUUACUGAUCUGUGUCGCCUUUGCGAUUUUCUUACCAUGACCGGUCAAAAGGGCAAUGCUCUGGCUAGCAAGAA